GCUGGCGGACGGUGGCCGACAGGCCGUGGCGCCGCCGGCGCUCAGGGCGAUGCAGCUGCCACCCGCGCUGCACGCACGCCUGGCGGGGGCACCCGGGUCGGCCGAGCCUCUACCCGUGGAGCGGGACCCCGCGGCCAGGACCGCGCCCUUCCGCUUCGCGCCGCGCCCGGUGCGCUUCCCACGGGAGCACGACUUCUUUGAGGAAGGGGACGUGCAGCGGCACCUCUACCUCCAGGAUGUGCUCACGCAGGUGGGCGGGGCGCCCGAGAGGCCCAGGGUACCCGAGUUCACGUGUCAGGUGGCCGGCUGCUGCCAGGUGUUCGACGCCCUGGAGGAUUACGAGCACCACUACCACACUCUGCACAGAAACGUCUGCUCCUUCUGCAAGCGGGCCUUCCCUUCUGGACACCUGCUGGACACCCACAUCUUGGAGUGGCACGACUCCCUCUUCCAGAUUCUGGCCGAGCGGCAGGACAUGUAUCAGUGCCUGGUGGAGGGCUGCACAGAGAAGUUCAGAACCAGCAGAGACCGGAAGGAGCACCUGGUGAUGCGUCAUCUCUACCCUGCGGACUUCCGCUUCGAUAAACCAAGGAAAAGCAGAGGCCCAGUCAUGCCCGGUGCCGCUGAGCAGGUGUUGGCAGAAGCCCUGGGGGAUGACGGGGUGCCGUCGGAAGGCGACGCCAUGGAAGUCUGCUCUGAACACGUGGAGCCCCCACCAGCACCCGCGGGAGAGAGGCGGGCCUACAGCCACAGGGAGAUGAACUCGUGUCCUUCAGCUGCCCUCGCACAGUUGCCCAGAAUUUGGCCUGAGAGAUACCAUCUACCAUCUGUUUUGGUCAAGGUGCCUCACGAGGAUUUAAAAGGGCCAAGAAGAGAAAUAAGCACCAGUAACGGCGGUUCCUCUGCGGCCCUGUGGCGGUGUUGCCGGGCUUUUCCUCCCCGCCACGGGGGCCCCAGAACCCUGGCCCGUGCCACCCUCCAUGUCGCGGGCCUGUGACCGACUGAACGAGGCCGGUGGCUAUGUGGGAAGCUGUGGGGGAGCCGCGGAUUCCGGGAAGGGCCCCUCGUGCGGUGACUGGGGUGUGGGGAGCAGCCCCCGCCCCCCAACGUCCUUGUGAAACACGUGGAGUAAAUGGUUAUCGUCAACGGUCUCUGGUCGACGUUCUGUUUUGGGGGGAGGGAGACAGCAGCAGUUACUGGUGAGGACUUUGUUUCCAGCGGCCGCUUCUCAGAGGGGGUGACUGGCUUGCGCAGCUCAUCAGGGCUUCAAGGGAGACGCCUGUGGUCCUCGCUCCCGCGCUUGGCAAGGUGAGCAGAAGCCUCGGGUGGGGCUGGGGAGCUGGGAGGGACCCGGGCCGGGGAGGGCGGAGCGCAGACCUAGGCCGGCAGCUGGCUUAGCUCCGAUUUGAUGACAUCAGGGCCCCCCGGGCUGGACCUGGGGAGUGGGGACGCACCAGCCAGCUGCCCCCCUGCGGUGCCCGGUGCUGCCGUGCCCGCCCGAGGCCCCGCUCGGCCCAUCUCGCCCGGCUGCUCCCACUCUGGGCUCCAGUCUGGUGGCGGCAGCGGUUGCCGGCCUGCGACCGCCCCCGCCAAGCCCUGCGCACAGCUCUGCAGACACGGGUCGGGGCUGGUGGGUGUCAGUUUGAAGUUGUUCUUUGGAAGAUUACUUGUCUCCUCUUUGUCUGUUGUGGUUCCACUAAGAUGUCAGGGGAAGGUACUCAUCGCCCUACUGCUCAUUGUUGAAUGUUUUGAAUCUGGAUUUUAUCUUUUCAAAUAUUGUCUUUACUCCAAUCUCUGUCCCUUCUCCUUCUAAAACCCCAACCAAAUGUACGUCAGACGCCCUCCGUCUUCUAACAGCCCUUCCGUAUUUCCCGUUCCUUAUCUGUCUUUGCUACAUUCUGGAUAAUUUCUUAAGAUCCACUUUUCAGUUCACUAAUUUUCUGAUCAGCUGUAUCAAAUGUGCUGUUGAACUCAUUCAGUGUUUAAUUUCCAUAGUUACAAUUUUCAAUUCUUUAAGUUCUAUGUUGUUUUUCUAAUUUGCUGGACUUUAUAACUUUUGUUUAUCACGUUUUCAACUCAUUCUUUUCUUUUUUAACAUGUUAAACUUAUUGUACGUUCUCUGAUUGCUAAUAUCAAUGUUUGAAGACUCUGUGGGUCUGAUUUUUCUGUCAGUUUUUUCUGUUGACUCACUCAUGGUGCCUUGUUUCCUGAUGAAUUCUGUGAUUUUUGGCUGUGAGUUUGUAUUUCUUGGAAUUUUACCUCUGGAGUUUCUCUAACAUGUCUGGGUUCUUCCUGAAAAAAUUAGUAUUUGCUUCUGUCAUGUGACUGGGGAGCUAUGAUCUAGGACCACUUUAACUUUAAAAUAAAUUAUUAGGAAAAAAAGAGGGACUUCCCUAGUGGUCCAGUGGUAAAGAAUCCGCCUUCCAAUGCAGGGGAUGUGGGUUCAAUCCCUGGUCGGGGAACUAGGAUCCCACAUGCUGCGGGGCAACUAAGCCCACAUGCCACAACUACUGAGCUUGUGCACCACAAACUACGGAGCCCACACGCCCUGGAGCCCAUGUGCCUUAAGUAGAGAGGAAAAAUAACCCCCACACUACAACCAGAGAAAAGCCUGCGCAUCACAACGAAGAGCCUCUGCACCUCAACGGAAAGGUCCCACGUGCCUCAGUGAAGACCCCAAAUGCCGCAGCUAAGACCCGACACAGCCAAAAAAUAAAAUAAAAUUUAAAAUCAAAAAAUGGGCUUCCCUGGUGGCACAGUGGUUAAGAAUCUGCCUGCCAAUGCAGGGGACACGGGUUCAAGCCCUGGCCUGGGAAGAUCCCACAUGCCACGGUGCAGCUAAGCCCAUGCGCCACAACUACUGAGGCUGCGCUCUAGAGCCCGGGAGCCACAGCUACUGAGCCCGUGUGCCACAACUACUGAAGCCCACAUGCCUAGAGCCCGUGCUCCGCAACAAGAGAAGCCACCGCAAUGAGAAGCCCGCGCACCGCAACACACAGUAGCCCCCACUCGCUGCAACUAGAGGAAACCCACGCACAACAAUGAAGACCCAAUGCAGCCAAAAAUAAGUAAAUAAAAUAAAUUUAUAAAAAUAAAAAAUUAUUAGGUAUGAGUUUUCAUCCCCAGUUCACUUUUCUGCAAAUGCCUUUUCUGUGUUGCCUUGACACAACCUUAGCCAAAGCAGAACAUCUGAGUAACAGAAACAGACCCCUCAUUUCACUUAUAGCCAGAGAAGUAGAAAUAAAUAUACACAGACCCGGCUU